GUUAUAAAUUGAAGCUCAAAACACACAUUUGAGAAACAACCCUCUUUCAUUAAUAACUAGCCAUGUCUUGUUCAAUACCAGUUUCACCAACUACCUUAACCAAAACCACAUUCAUCUCCCAACGAGCCUUGAUUAAGACCCAUAAGAACCAAACCCACGGGUUCAGGGUCACAUGCAACGUUGCACCAAAUGAUGAUCAUAACCACCUCAAACUCAUACUGCCCGAUAUCGACCGGCGAAGCCUGCUCGUCGGGCUCGGCGGACUCUACACCGCCUCUAACUUCCCUUCCUUACCCGCGGCACUAGCUGAUCCCAUAACAACUCCUGAUAUCACGUCGAGCUGCAAGGAAGCGGAUUAUGGCAUCAAGAAUCUAGAGAAAGUUGUAAGGACACGAAAAUGCUGCCCUCCUAACAUCAAAAAAACGAUUAAACCAUUCGUGUUUCCUACCGAAAAGACGGUUAAAGUGAGAUGGCCGGCGCAUAACGGGUCGAAAGAGCAGGUGGAGAAGUAUAAACGAGCCAUCCAAGCCAUGAAGGAUCUCCCUGAAGACCACCCGCACAGCUUCAUCCAACAAGCGAAAAUUCAUUGUGCAUACUGCAACGGAGGUUACACUCAAGUCGAUAGCGGGUUUCCAGACAUCGAUAUUCAGAUUCACAACUCGUGGCUCUUCUUUCCUUACCACCGCUGGUACCUUUACUUCUAUGAGAGAAUACUCGGUAAGUUGAUUAACGAUCCCACUUUCGCCUUACCUUACUGGAACUGGGACAAUCCAGCCGGAAUGACGAUUCCAGAGAUCUUUUUAAACGAUACGCGUACGCCAAACCCGCUGUUUGACAUUUAUCGGGACGCCCGUCACCUCCCACCACAGCUAGUGGAUCUGGACUUCGGUGGCGGUGAACGCGACACCACAAGUGAGAUACAGAUAGCCUGCAAUCUGAGUACAGUGUACCGCGAUUUGGUUAGAAAUGGUGCAGAUACAAAAAGCUUCUUUGGGGGCGAAUACGUAGCUGGGGAUGCCCCGGUUGCCAAUGGUGACAAGUCGGUCGGAUCCGUCGAAGCUGGUUGUCACAUCGCGAUACACAGAUGGGUGGGUGACUCGACUCAGGCUAACUUUGAGGACUUGGGUAAUUUAUACUCUGCUGGGUAUGACCCUUUGUUCUACGCGCACCAUUCGAAUGUGGAUCGAAUGUGGACACUAUGGAAGAGUUUGGGCAUUCAAGGACACACGGAACCAACUGAUCCGGAUUGGUUAAACGCGUCGUAUGUGUUCUAUGACGAGAAUGAGGACCUUGUGCGUGUGUAUAACAAAGACUGCAUCAAGAUGGACAAGCUCAAGUACAAAUACUACGAAGAGUCGGAGUCUGUGUUCCCCUGGCGCAAGAGUCGACCCGCAAAGCGAAACAAAGAGUCACAAGUAGCAUUAACCUCACCCGGGGAUGUGAAAACAGUGAACCAACUGAAGUUUCCGGUGACUCUAGACGCAAUACUGAAGACUCGUGUGAAGAGGCCUGCUGUGAACAGGACUGAUGCAGAAAAGGCGAAAGCCAACGAGGUUUUGUUGAUAAACGGGAUAAAAUUCGAUGGUGAGAAAUAUGUGAAGUUUGACGUGUUUGUGAAUGACACGCUUAAAGAAGGUGAAGUGACCACGCCGUGUGAUCCUGAAUACGCUGGUGGUUUUGCGCAGAUUCCACACAGUGGUAUGGACAAAAUGAUGAUGUCGAGUGCAGCAAGGUUCGGGCUAACAGAAUUGCUGGAGGACACAAACACUGAAGGUGAAGAGUAUGCAACGGUGACAUUGGUACCACGGAUAGGGUGUGACAACCUCACCAUUUCAGAUAUCAAGAUCGCCUUGGUUCCAAUUUGAUCAAGCAUCAAAACGAUCCGAGCUUGAACAUGACGUGUGUUUAGUGUUUGGCAUAACGGUUGUCACAUGUGAUAGUGUUUGGCAUUUAAUUUAUAGUACAUUAAUUUUAAAUCAACAAUUCUUCACAGAUUU